AUAGCCCUGGAGAUCGCCCUGCCCUCUUGUCUGCUGGGGACGAGAUGGAGCCAGGCUCGCUGGUGGCAUCUGGGGUGUUAAGGGCCCGGGGGGACUGUCUGAGACCCCCGUGCAGGAAUUUUGCCCGCGGAUCCUGCCGAUGGGGCCAGAACUGCCGCUUCUCUCACGACAGAAAAUCAGUCCAGAUCUGCAGGUACUUCCAGAGCGGGUUUUGCAGCUAUGGAGAGUGCUGCAGCUACCAGCACAUCCAGGAUGACCCAGUGCCAGUGGGAACCCGCCAUGGCCCCGUGCCGCCCGGCCGCUGGGGCUCGCAGCCUGACAGUGUGCCCACAGCAGGGGGCGGGGGCUGGGGGGUAGCACGGCGCAGCUCGGCCCACCCUGUCCCCAGCGUGAGGCAUGUGCCCUUCAAGUUGCCAAGCGCGGAGGUUAAGGAGAAAGAGAAAGACAAGAACAUCUCAGCACCUGAUAGUGCCCCCCGUGGGGCCAUCAGCAGAGAAUUUGUCCCUGCAGGAGCUCAGGGUGCUUCAGGCUCCCAGCCCCAAGGGCUGGGACUGGAUCCAAACUCCUCCGACCCCAGAGAGGCAGUGGUGGAGACGGUGACACGGACUGACCCUGCCAAGGUCACGAUGGAGCCGGGCGCUGCGGCAGCCCUGGUCCCCACUGCGGUGCUGAGGGCUCGGAGCGAGGCCGUGGUGUGCGGCAUCUGCAUGGACCGUGUGUAUGAGAAGCCACUGCCAGAGGAGCGGCUCUUUGGGAUCCUCCCGAACUGCAGCCACGCGUACUGCGUGGGCUGCAUCCGCAAGUGGCGUCGCAGCCGGGACUUCCAGAGCAUGGUCAUCAAGGCCUGCCCAGAGUGCCGGAUCACCUCCAGUUACUACAUCCCCAACAAAUACUGGGUCUCGGAUGCGGAGGAGAAGGAGAAGCUCAUCAAAACCUUCAAGGCGCGGACAGGGAAAAUCAGGUGCAAGUUCUUUGUCCAGAACUCUGGCCACUGCCCGUUCAAGUCAGACUGCAUCUACCUGCAUGAGGUGCCUGCCAGGCAGCCACUGCAGCGCAGGCAGCAGUGGCCGAGGAUGCCCGCUGUGUUCAGCCCUUCUCCCUCAGAGAGCUCUGAUGAGGAUGAGGAGCUCUGCGUGCUGGAGUGGGCACUCACCCUGGCCCUGACGGAGACAGACGUGCUGCUUGAGUUAAGGCCAUGAGAUGCUCUUCACACACUUCAGCGACUCCAACUAAGCCACAGGGUGUCCCCUGGGCCCGGGGGCUUCCCAUGGCGAGGAAAUGUUUUCUGGGAGGGGGAAGCAUCUGCUUUUGAUGUGUUUAGCUGCUGCUGGUGUUGGUUUAGGGGGGGGGUCCAGGCAUGGAGUGGGGUGGGAUGGGGAAAUAAUGUGGCUGUACCAAUGGCUGAACGCUCAGCAGGUCCCACAUCCCUGCUCCCCCCAGGGAGCUGGGGGUGACAGAGCUGCAGGGGUCUCAGGGCAGUGGGGCACAGCCCCCCCUUAUCUGGCCUUCACCUCCUUAGCCGUGCUCUGCACCCCUGGGAGACCUCACAGGAGCUGGGGUG